GACGAUUCCAACGCCCCGUGGUGUUCGUGUCCCGAAAAGGCCCCUUUCUACAUCCACACGGGUUACUAUGACCCAAUGCAAUCGUAGGAUGGAAGGAAGUGGAUCAAGCCAGUACAGAGUGGCUUUCUUUUAAGGCACUCUUUCGUGUCUUUGCAUAGAUUUGAACCACUCAAACAAUCCUUUGUCCCCCCACUCGAAAAGCCGCUUAUCAGUGGAUGCUUCACACUUUAACUUUUUGUCUUUCGCGAAAUAAAUCAUCUUUCCCUCUCCCAAAUCACCCUCAUAUCACCGGCGCAAUGCGAUCGGUCUGUUGAAACGUUGACCGUUCUUGAAUACCAUGAAAAAGCAGUGGAAGAAUCCACAGACAUGACUUCCGAGUCCAACCGAUGGAACUUGACAUUCGUUUCCCGGCACUUCCAUGACCUCUUCGUCUCCCUUCUCUACCGGGGGGUACGGCUAAACAGUUGGCGCCAUGCUUACUCGUUCCUUUGCGCCAUCACUCAACGCCCGCCAUUGACACGAGCAGUACGCGAGCUUGACCUGAGUGGCUGGCAGAGGGAGCUGAUCCUCCAAGAGGAUUGGCAUUCACUGCAAAGCUCCCCGAUAUUGAAGGACUGUGUCGAAGCUUCCUCAUUUUCACCUGACGAAACGGCGCAAUGGAACGAGCAUCUUGCAGCAGGUCGUGGCGACGCGUGGGUUGCACUGAUGCUGCCAUUGUUAAGCCAGCUUCGGCAGCUUCAUCUCGUUUAUUGCACUCAUACCAUAUGCUUGAAUCGCAUCAUGCAGAGGGCAAUUGAUCGAGAGGGACCGUUCAAGUCGCAGUCCGUUUUUCACCACUUGCGCAAAGUCACUUUACAUCAUCAGGAGGACGUCGACCAUCCCGCAGCCCAGGAGGAUGUGGGAAACCACUCGUCUCACUCUCCAUCGGCUCUGCUAUUAUCAUUCUUCCGAUUACCUUCGAUGCGCUCACUGGUUGCCAACUCGGUGGUGGAUCCAACCUCAGAUGAUUUGGACUUCAAUGCAGACGGAACUGAGCACUCGCAUUCGGGACUUUCCUCGAUCACCGAAAUCGACCUGCACCACAGUAGUGGUAAUCAUGGCAUGGAAGCGUUGAUCGCUUCAUGUGAAGACCUCCAAUCGUUCAAAUACCAGCACUCGGAUUCGCAUCUUGCCUCUCAGGGCUAUAUACCAACUGCCUUCUAUCGCUCUUUGACUCGCAGCAAACGGACUCUCCAGACACUAUGGCUCGAUCACUACGGUGAUCAUUAUGCUUUCACGUCUGCCGGACUGAAUCAAACCCAUGAUGAAUGGUUUGGGUCUUUGGCUGAUUUCACCGCCCUCCGCGAGAUUCGCAUUCGAUUACCCAAUCUCCUCGAUAUUCGAUAUCAAAACGAACCAACGAGUCCUCUCAUCAAUUGCUUGCCAGGAUCACUCGAGAUUCUGUACAUCGAAGGAUGCGAGGAGAGGCAUCUGGGUAUGCUCGUAUCACAGCUUCGGACGGUUGUCAAGAACCGCCGCUCUCGAUUCCCUCGCCUCCGAUACCUAGAUAUUGAGGGGGCUUUCCAAACCCCCUCGAGCGAUGAAAUUGGUGACACGAGGGACCCGGCGUCUAGCCCCGCCGAUCACACCAUCAAACCCAAGAUUAUGCAAGCUGCUGAGCUAUUGCACGAGGAUUGUGCUUCUGCUGGAUUGGAAUUGCAUGUUCAUGACCGGGCCUUUUGCAAAGAUUUGCAUCGUUGACGAGAUACCCUCUAAAGCUCCUUUUCUCUUCUCGGAAAAGCUCAAUCUCCUUUUGUUUUAGCGUGAUGAUUCGAUGCCCUUACAUAUAGAUGACACCUAUGAUGUACAUAACCCAGCAGGGUCUGGAAACCUCUUUGCGCAUUGCGACGUGAAUUCAUGGACAUACAUCGUGC